AGCGGGAGAGUUUUAUAGAAUCUUCAAUCUUGCAACGAUGAACACAUCAACGGCAAUUAAUUUUGUGGCCGCUUUAGUGCUUUGCUGCUUAGCUCUAUCCGCCAAUGCCCUGCAGAUUGAGCCACGCAGCAGUUGGGGUGCAGCGGCUGCUCGAUCGCCUUCAAGGAUUCAGGGCGCCGUGGACUAUGUGAUCAUCCAUCAUUCGGACAAUCCCAAUGGCUGCUCCACAUCCGAGCAGUGCAAGCGCAUGAUCAAGAACAUCCAGUCGGAUCACAAGGGUCGCCGCAAUUUCAGCGAUAUUGGAUAUAACUUUAUCGUGGCCGGUGAUGGCAAGGUGUACGAGGGUCGUGGUUUUGGGCUCCAGGGAUCUCACGCCCCCAACUAUAACCGCAAGAGCAUUGGCAUCGUCUUCAUUGGCAACUUCGAACGCAGCGCGCCCUCCGCCCAGAUGCUCCAGAACGCCAAGGAUCUGAUCGAGCUAGCCAAGCAGCGUGGAUACCUCAAGGAUAACUACACGCUGUUCGGUCAUCGGCAGACCAAGGCCACCUCCUGCCCAGGUGAUGCUCUGUACAACGAGAUCAAGACGUGGCCGCACUGGAGGCAAAACUAGAAAGCAAAGUUACAUAGCUUAAGUAUAAUAAACAUUUAAAAAUUAA